AUGAGUGGAGCUGCACAAGUAGCAAGUAACAAUAAUCGUAUCAUGCCCAGUGAUCAAUCUGUUGCCUCCUCGAUAGUGGAAGGUGGUGCAACUACACUCACAACAGCAGACAUGAUACAACAUCAUCACAUUAGCCACACUUCUUCUACUUCCUCACAAUUAGUUGGAGGAAAUUCACCAACAGUGGAAACAUCAACAACAAGUAUUAAUACCAAUAGAAAGGAUUCGGGAAAUGAUAGCCUUUCCACUUCAUCAACUUGUUCUUCUAAUGAGAGUUUAUCAAGUUCUGGAAAAUCCUCUCCUGAUACAACAACAGGAGCAACCAUCAAUGCUGACGAACUGGCUUCCUCUUUAUCAGCCUCUAAUUUUACAUCACCUCACUACAAUUCUUCUUCUACUAACAAUGUACAUACUUCUACCACCCCUUCAACUACAACAACAUCAACCUAUCAAUCCUCUGGAAAUAAUACAAAUGUACCAACAACAGAAACUUCAUCAAAAAAGGUUCGAGUGUCUGUUUCUGAUAAUCCUGCAAUUAGUAACAAUGCAAACAUUGAAGACAGAAGAAAUAGUAUUUUUGGCUCGCCAACAGAACCACCUUCUGCAACUUCACCACAACUCAAUCAAUCAUCAAAUAAUACAAGCUUUAUGCAAGGUGAUUCGGCUAUGAUCUUGAAUGAAAAGUUGCACCAAAUCUUCCUUCCGAUUUGUCUUUUCCUUUGUUAUGCUUAUUUGAUUGUCUACUCGACCGACUAUCCAAUUAGCAUGAGCUUUUUAUGCAUUAUUGCCAUUGUUAUCAAUUUUAAAUAUGUUAGAAAUUUGGUACAACAACGAUUGGUUGUUUGGCUCAUAAAACAUCUAUCCAGGGAUGCAGCCACACUAGGAGAAAUUGUAGAACAUGAAGAUAUUGUUGGUGGCAAUUCUGAUCAGAGUGUAAUUCCACUCACAACACCCCUACCCCCAUCAUCAUCAACAUCUGAAGGACAAAAGGAACCAAACACUGUUCCAUUCUAUUCAUCAAGUGAUUUUUGGAGAUUUGGAAGUGUUGGCUCAUCGUCGACAUCCUCCACCACCACGAGAGCAUCCUCUUCUUCCUCAAGUGGAACACCUGUAGAUGCUUCCUAUUUGGCAGCAAAGAAACAACGGUUGUUGGAAGUCUACACUUGCAAAGUUAUGAUUGUAGUGAAUAUUGCAGUGUUCUUCCUUAGACUUUUGUUGUGCACAAAGGAUUAUACUGUUGGAUGGCUAAUGAUUGGAUUCCUCUCGAGCACUGUGCACAAUUAUUCAUACAUUAUUCUUCAGAAUGCACUUGUGGAUUGCAGGGUACACUCAUAUGAGGCUAUCAUGUGGGUUAUCCUCUCACAACACAUUGUUUCGGUGGGUAUUGCCAUCAUUUUGUCAGUGGUCCAUAAUCGAUAUGUUGAAGCAUUUGGUACUUUUUGCUUGCUUACUGUUUUGAACUUUAUGCUCAAUUCGGUGAGUUACAAGUUAAUGAACAGACUCAAUACUAUGAAGUUAAUGACAAGCAAACUGAAGGAAGCUAAUCGUUCCAAGAAUGCACUUGUCAGUUCCAUUUCUCAUGAGUUUAGAUCUCCAUUGAUGAGUAUUUCUGGAAGCAUUGAACUCUUAUUGGAUACAACUCUAAAUGCUGAACAAAUUAAUUACAUCAAAACUAUUGGAAGUUGUUCCUCAAUCUUGUUAACCCUGAUUGAAGAUAUUUUACAAUAUUCAAAACUUGAAAAGACAAACAUGGAAAUUGCCACCAAUUCAAUGCUUGGUAAAAAUACAACUAAUGAAGAAAAGGUUGAAAACCACAAGACUGUCUUUUCCCUCUUCGAUUGUUUACAACAUGUGAGAAGCAUUGCCAGCUCGUAUGCUUCUAACUUUGAUGUGACCAUUGAUUUUGUGACGAGCAAAUUCCUUCCGUCCUAUGUUUUGGGAGAGAGUGUUCGUUUGCAACAAGUUCUUAUCAAUUUAUUAACCAACUCAAUUAAGGCUUCUUCGAGAAAUCAAGUUGUUACCCUCGCAGUUGAAGUACUCGAGGAUGAUAAUCCAGAAGAUAUCAUUGAUGAUGGAAGAUCAAGCGCUAAGGAAAUUGUAGUAGUCAAGAGGAAGGAUCUAUCCAUUGAGCCAACAAGUACCACCAGUACUGAAUCAUCAGCACAAACACUCCUCCAACAAGAAACUCCAACCAUCAAGACUGUUGUUUUCAAGGUUAUCGAUCAUGGAUGUGGUAUUCAGAAGGAUAUUCAAAAAUUACUCUUCAAACCCUUCUCCAGUCACAAUCACAAUGGUGAUGGUAGUGUGAUUGGCACAGGCCUUGGAUUGACCAUUCUUAGAAAGAUUAUUAUCAACAUGAAAGGUGGCAUUAGCUAUAGAACCCUUUGUGAACCAUCACCAAAUCAUGGUACUACAUUUUGCAUUUCAAUUCCAUUCCAACUUCCUGAUAAAAAGAAGAAGAAUUCCCUCAAACAAAUUGAAGAAAUCCUCAGAACAAAUCCAAUUGUGAAUCAAUCGAUGAGUACUGAGAGUAUGACCUCAUCUUCUGGUGCCAGUACCAUUUUGCUCGACUCUCACAUUAAGAAGAGUGAUGAUUUGGGCACCAUACCAAAUGCUCUAAAUAAUAUUGAUAGCGAAAUUCAAAAAACUCACCUCCUCCAUAAGGAAUUGUACAUGAUGAAGAAGAGACAAUCAAAGAGCAGUACUACUGCCUCGCCAAAACAUUCUCUACAAGAUUCUACGGGAUCCAUUACUACAAGCACUACGACCACAACAACCAACACUACGGAAAACACGAGUUCCGUCACCGUUACAGGUUGCAUUGAUAUCUUUGAAACUAAGAUAUUACUUGCUGAGGACAAUCCUAUCAAUCUUUCUGUACUUAAAAAACUAUUACAAAAAGGUGGAUUCAAAAAUAUCACAACAAGUGCCAAUGGUUUCGAGUUGAUUGAGGCCUUCAGGAAGGAGUAUCACCCUAUAAUUGUAACGGAUCUUCACAUGCCCAUCAUUAAUGGAAUUGACGCAGCAAAUGAGAUUCGAUCCUUGCCAAAUGGUGAUAAGGUCAAAAUUAUUCUCUUAACGGCUGAUGCCCUAAUGGACAAGUUUAAUAAUAUGGACUCUAUUGAUUCGUGCCUCAACAAGCCAAUUUCUAAAGACGAUCUGAAUCAGGCAAUAAUUUCUGCAAUCAGAGCACAAGAAUGACCCUUAAAAACGUCCAAAUAAAUAUUUCACAUUUCUUUU